AUAAAACUAAACAUGGAGUGCUUUCUGAUUGUCUGUGUGUCAAUGACUUGAGCAUCGUACUCUAUAACGGCCAACACGAAGAACCUACCUUGAUGACAGUUUAAAAAGUUUCAUCCCAGCUCCAUGAUGUUUACUUACUGUUGGGGUUACGUCGUGCCAGGGUUGCUAUGUAAGAAUGAAAUACCACAGGACACCGAUGACGAGAUGGAAAUUGAUGAAGUUGAACAGUCCGAUGUUAUCUCGAAGCCACUGGAGGUUUCAUUCUUUCGGCACCGUGAUAUCUAUGAGGUAGCGUGCGGGUUGAGGCAUUCUGCGUUUCUGCUGAGGGACGGAACUGUCUACACCUGUGGGGUGAAUGAUAAAGGCCAGCUGGGCCACAACAAAGCGGGGAGAACUCCAGUCCAAGUUACAGCAUUGGAGACGUCUGUCAUUAAACAUGUAGUAUGUGGGGAUACCUUUACCGUGGUAACAGCGGACAACGGAAGUAUACUUAGCUGGGGUGAGGACAGCUGUGGCCAGUGUGGAUGGGGCUCAGAAACAAGAGACAUCAAAACAAGACCUAGAUUACUGAAAGGUUUAGCAAUGCAUCAAGUAGUGCAAGUAGCCUGUGGAGGAAAACAUUGUAUAGCAUUAACUAAAGGAGGCAAACUGUUUGUAUGGGGAGACAACACUUACGGUCAACUUGGUGUCGGGAAGAACCACGCAGUGUUCCACAAUAAACCGACAGAACUAACAUCGCUUCAUGGUCUACCAGUAAGGCAGCUAGCAUGCGGAGGGGCUCACACAUUCGUCGUGUCAACCUCGGGUACAAUAUUCGGCUGGGGUAGAAACCACUGUGGACAGCUAGGUGUCAGCGACAACAAGGAUCGAUCCCAGCCGACAUUACUAAAGAGCUUACGUUCUCAAAGAGUGAAGUUCGUUGCAUGUGGUGAGAAUCAUACUGCAAUGCUUACAGCGGAUGGAGGUGUAUUUACUUUUGGUGCUGCAGAGAAUAGACAGCUCGGCCACAGCUCAACCAGCAACGAAAUCAAUCCUAGAAAAGUGUUUGAGCUGAUGGGUAGUGAAGUAUCUCAAAUCGCCUGUGGGAGACAUCACACCUUGGCCUUCAUCCCGAGGAACAGUCGCAUCCUAUCCUUUGGCUUACCGAGCCAUAAAACACCCACAAACCGUCCAGUUUUCAAUCGAAGCACAAGCACUAACAGAGUAUCUGGCCCCUGGGCCGAGGGACCGCAGGUCCCAAACAGUUGUAACACUGAAGUGGCUGAUACACUUUUAUCUGUAUCAAGCACACAGGUCUUGUCAGACCAUCAGAGAAACAUUGCGUCCAGUUCAAAGGAACACCGGGAUUCGAGGUUGGAGUCCACAAAACUUUUAAGUGACUCUGGAAAGGAGGGGGCGGAGUCUGGAAGGGGUUUGAUGCAGGAUAGUGCUGAUGAGAUGGAGGUGAAGGACAAUGAUGUAGAUGCUAACUUUGAUGGUCGUUUGGAGGCGGGAGGAGGAGGUGUUGAAGACAACACUCGACGACGAGAGAAUGGAAGGCCGAGGGUUAGAGCAAUUUUUAGCGGGGGAGAUCAGUGCUUUCUGAUUGCAUCGAGUUCAGAGGACUUCACAAAACCAGUCGACCAUCGAGAGAUCUGCGUUGACGAGCACAUAGCAACAAUGGAUGCUAGUUUCAUCGCCACCCUAGAGGGAGCCCCGUUGGGUGAGAGCCUGUCCGAGCAAGUCAUGAGUUCCAUAGAAGAAGUCUUUUCAUCAGCAGCUUGUCUUAACGCCUCCUUCCUCAAAAUGAAUGAGGCACAUUACGGGAGUGGAAGGCAGAAUCAUGGUGUAGACCUAGACAAGGCAAGAGAACAGUUUGGCAGAAUUGCAUCUAAAGAAGCUGUCGUCAGAUAUAUUGCAGAAAUCCUUGGGGUUCUUUUGAUUCCAAAUCUUCCUUCGUCACCUCCAGACGUGGAGGCAUUACGGUUAUACCUUCUGUUGAUAGAGUCGCCAGUCUUUACGGAUCCUUCACCGGAGCGCUAUGGAACGCUGGUUGUCCAGUUUGCUGAAGCCCUGUGUAGCCUUAAAACUGCUGGUGCUAAUGUUAUAUCGCAAUGGUGGUCGACGUUACAGCCCCGUCAUCUGAAUCGAAUCCUGACAACCUACAAGGUGUGUAUGAUGGGACAGCUCAGUAUGACGCCCAAGGUAGCAGAUCGCCCUACCCUCAGACGGAACAUCAAGACCUGCCUAGAAGUCCUGAGCAAACUCUGCAAGAUGAACAGCCAAAAUAAUGAAAUACUUCCAUAUUACCUUUUCUACAUCAAUGAGUUAACGGAGAACGUUGGAAUCAGGGAGCACUUCUUAGAAUGGCUGCAAAGACCCAGCGGGAUGCAGUGCCGAGAUGUCAACUUCUGUGACUAUCCGUUUGUCCUGGAUGCAAAUGCAAAGACACAGCUACUCAAGGAGGAUGCUAUACUACAAAUGCAGAGUGCCAUUGAAGACGUCCAGCGGAGGAACUUCAGCGUUGAGUAUUUUUUCGAUCCCAUCAAUCCGUACCUCGUACUGAAAAUCGAUCGGAAGAACAUCGUGCAGAGUGCGUUGACUGAGCUGUCACGGCAGGGCAGUAUGGACAUCAAGAAACCAUUGAUGGUGACGUUUCUUGGAGAGGAGGCCGUGGAUGCUGGAGGACUCAAAAAGGAGUUCUUUAUGCUGAUACUCCGUGAGAUACUAUCACCUAAGUUUGGAAUGUUCCGCCACUAUGAGGGGUUGCAGACGAUAUGGUUCAACAAUAAGAGCUUUGAAGAUGGAGAGAUGUUUUGCCUGGUCGGAGUCAUCGUUGGUUUAGCCAUCUAUAACCUUACCAUUAUAUCGCUGCCAUUUCCACUGGCGCUGUACAAGAAACUACUGAAAAGGCCAGCCAACACCCUUGAAGACUUGAAGCAACUUGACUCCCUCGUAGCCGGCAAUCUCCAGAAGCUUCUUGAUAUGGAGGAGGCAGAGGAUGUUCUUGACUUUGGCUUGACCUUUCAGAUCGCGACGGAGAACUUUGGGGAGGUGGAGACAACUGAGCUCAAACCGGGCGGGGCUGAAGUGGAUGUCACUUUGGAAAACAAGCAAGAGUACGUCGAUCGAUAUGUUGACUUUGUCCUGAACACUUCGGUGGAGAAGCAAUACUCAUUUUUCAGCAAGGGUUUUCUGCAUGUCUGCGGAGGGCGUGUCUUCAACUUGUUCCACCCUCAGGAGCUGAUGGACAUGGUGAUCGGUGACGAACACUACGACUGGGAUGAAUUUGAGCAGAGUGUUGAAUACAAGGGGGAAUACUAUCGACAACAUCCAACAAUCAAGAUAUUCUGGGAAGUCUUCCGAGAGUUAGUUCUGGAGCAGAAAAAGAAGUUUCUUGUAUUCCUAACUGGGACAGACCGAGUCCCCAUUCAGGGAAUGAAGACGUUGCGAGCCUACAUCCAGCCAGUCCGGAGCGGAGAUGACUUCCUCCCGGUCGCACACACCUGCUUCAACCUCCUGGAUCUUCCAAUCUACAAAACCAAAGACAAGCUGAGGGACAAACUCCUUACCGCUAUCGAGCACACCGAGGGGUUUGCGCUGGUCUGAUGCAAGGUUUUAUAGUAUGGGUCACGAUCGUCGCCAUCUUUGAGGUGAAUCAAAGGUUCAAAGUUCAAAGUUCAAGGAUAUACAUGCAACACAUUUAAAGUAUUGUAUCAUUUUGGCUGGGUUUAAGAAUGGGUUACGGUCGUCGUCAUCUUGGAGGUGAAUCAAACAGUCAAAGUUCAAAGACAUACAUGCAAUACAUUUAAUUGAUUGUAUCAUUGUGGCUAGAUUUAGAAUAGGUCACGACCGUCGCCAUCUUUGAUAAGAAUCAAAAGUUCAAAGUUCAAGGAUAUACAGGCAACGCAUUUAGAUCAAAAGCUCAGAGCUGAAAUGAGAAUUCGGUGUGUGUUGAGAUUAAUUGGCGAAGAGAAAUUACUCGAGGGUGAUCAGAAAGAAGAACUAGAAACAUCAAAGGCUUCAUACGGUUUGCCUCGUUGUUUCUGGCAGUGGCUGCUGAAUGCGCCACAGCACCUUGUAAAACACUUACAAGGUGGGAUGGAUACAAGAAGACAAAAUACAGCCAGUCAAUUAUAAGACAAAACUGUAAUUUGUUAUGCAAGGAAAUUCGCUGGUGAAAGUGCCCACAUAAUGUGGUAAAAAUAUGGGCAAUGACAGUUACACGUAUGCCCCGGUGUUUCUGGCAGUGGCUACUGAAUGCUUUGCAGCACCAUGCACAUGUAAAACAUUACAAGGUGUUACAAAUUGUUAAGGUUAUUUAAAUGAUAGAAAACAACAAAUGUACAGCCUGUCAAAUUUAAGAAAAAAAUGUUAUUUGUUAUGCAAGGAAAUUCUUCAUUGAAAGCGCCCCCACAAGGUAAAAAAAAAAACAAUCAAAUUAUAGGGACACUAUUGGUAAUUGUCAAAGGCAAGUCUUCUCAC